UAUGAAUGAAAUAAGUUGAUCAACUUAACUUAAUACUCUUCGAUCGCUUUUAUUUUUAUAUAUAUCAUAUACGAUAUGAUGAUGGAAGUAGCCCUAACAUCAUCGUCAUCACCACAGAGACUGAAAGCCAGUCCAGUGGCUUUGGAUGAUCCUCUGCCGCCGCAAGAGAGGACGGCGGAGGAAGAAGCCAAAUACAAGAGAUCAAGGAAGAGAAGAAAUAUAAUAAGAGUAAGCUGUGGAAUGUUGGUAGUACACAUCAUCAUAUUGGUUAUAUUAAGCUUAACAGUGUUUAAGGCAAAGGACCCCACAACAACAAUCAACAACUUCCACGUCAGCAACCUUACUUACUUUCUUGACAUCCAACGGCUGAGAGUUGAUCUCAACCUCACACUGGCCGUUGACUUGUCAGUCAGAAACAAGAACAAGGUUUCCUUUAAGUACCACAACUGCACCGCCGCCCUUAACUACCGUGGCCACCUCGUCGGCGUCAUCAACAUUCCGGCCGGCAACAUCCCCUCCGACGACACGAAACGCCUCGACAUCACUCUCACCAUCAUGGCCGAUCACCUCCUCUUAGACGACUCCCAAGACCUAUUCUCUGACGUCGUCGCCGGCGUUGUGCCGAUGAACACUUACUUAAAGAUGUCCGGCAAGGUCAAAAUCUUCGGAAUCUUCAAGAUUCAUGUCAGGGCAACCUCUUCAUGCAAUUUCAAUGUUAACAUCUCCUCAACCAGUAUCACCGAUCAAACAUGCAAUAAUAAGGCAAAAUUAUGAGAUUAUAUAUUUCUAUUUUUUCCAUUUCUUUUUUGUACAUAUAUAUAUAAAUAUAUUAAUAUUAAUGCAUGCAUGCACUACUAUAUGUUAUAUUAUAUAAUUAUUAAUAUACAUUUUUUGAGUUACACA